AUGUACGGAUCGGAAUGUUGGGCUAUAGAUAAAACAAUUGAGAGGAAAAUGUGUGUUGUGGAGAUGAGAAUGUUAAAGUGGAUGAGUGGAAUGAYGAGAGAGGACAGAAUAAGAAAUGAGUAUAUAAGAGGUAGUAAAAGAGUGGCUCCAAUAGUUGACAAAUUGUUUGAGAAUAGGUUGAGAUGGCUAAGAAGAGAAAAAACUGUGGCAGUUUCAGUGACAAAGAACACGAGUGUGGAUGGAAAAAGAGGAAGAGAAAGACCGAAAAAGAGAUGGUUUGAAGUUAUAGAGUGCGAUAUGAGAAUGGAUGGUGUUUGUGAGGAGGAUACUAUGGGAUUGUAG